AUGCAACUCCUCUCAUUUAGUGUGCUGCUCCUCAACCUGCACCUGUCACAACUUCUUACAGCACUCACCAUACCAAGAAUCGAAUAUGAUACGUCAGUUCGGUCUUCAUCGUUGAUAGGGGGUGCCGGCGAAUGGCUCCAUCAACGUUCACCAACCAAACCGGCUGUUCCAAAACCGAAGAUAUCGCAAAACGUGGCACCAGUUCAGCCGAAAAAGCCAGGGAAACCGCAGAAUCCGGCUCCAGCUAAGCCAUCGGCGACUCCCAGCCCCACCAAGUCUGUCAUUGCCUCGAAUGUUCCGAGUGCCACUGUUCCAAACCUGAAUGUUGUCCGCCCUACUAGACCUAUAGAUACCUGCAUGCUACCAAACUUUGUCUGUGAGGAUGACUACGACAAUAUUGGUGGUCUUGAGAAUGGAUCCAACCUCGCUACGAGAGGCCUGGAGAAGCGUGGAAACACCAGGCGUUUCGAUGCAGACAUUGGCUGGCAAUACGUGUUUGAUUUCAACGACAGGACAGACCUCAAAGAUUUCUCAGUCAAGGAUUUGAACAAGGUCCCUACAGACUAUACCACAUAUGUAACCGAGCACAUUGUUGAGGUCGGUAGUCCCCUCCUCUACGGUCUGCCAUCCUCUAAGUCAAUACAGUUGCAAACCGUACAGAUGUUCCUCUUAGCAAUCACAGGUCGUGGUCAAGUCUCACUUUCUGAGACUGCAGAUGGUGUCUUCUUUCAGGACUACUGGACCAAGGAAUAUACUGUAACUCAGGUAUCGACGCGAACAAACAAGCCUCCGAUGGAGAUGGGAAAGCGUAAAACGCUCAACGAUCUCGUCUUUGAGGCUCUCGGUCCCAGUUUCAACCGCAAGGACUUUGUGCUCUGCGACAAGGAAAUAAACUCCUAUAAAGAACGAAUAUGGUCGAAGAAUAAUCCAAUGGACAGGGCAAAAGUAAAGAUCUACCUUGAAGAUGCCGUGUCAGGUGCACUUCCAUCGACAUACUUCCUGAGCGUCUUGAGAACGACGCUUGCGACAUUAAAAUAUCUCGAGCAUCCUACUGUAUCCCACCGUCUGCAAAAUGACGUCAAGCACGUCCAAAUCGAACUUAGCAACAUCAAGCAGCUCACCGGGAAAGACGUCACAUCCACAACUGGCCAGGUACUGGACGUGCCGAGCUUGUGGGCGGAAUUCAUGAACAAGCAUUUAGCUGCGAUGGAGAAACACAGUAAAGACUGGUUGAACGAUCGCAUCGAGGAAGCAGACCGGCUGUACGAUACUCACAUGACUUCCCUUAAGAAGCUACUCGCACAGCUUCAGCAAGACGAGAAGAAGACCGGCGCAGCAAAGACCAAAUACGACUCAGACCGCAAGGAUAAGAAUCAGAAGCUCAAAGUCGAACUGAAGCAAAAGGACACGGCAGUGGCGAAAGCCGUCAAAGACGAAGCUGCUGCGCGCAAGGUUGUGAUAGACAUCGAAGUCAAGAUUGAUGCAGAGCCUAAGCAGGCGCAGAAGAAAGUCAUAAGGACCAAGGAAGAUUUGGAAGGAAAGAAGAAACUGCUUGAAGGUGCUGAGAGGGUGCACCUUGAAGCUUUAAGGGCUAGGAACCUAAUGGAACGGAAAAUACACGUCUUGUGGCCGCAGACUGUGCAGGCAUUGGUGGUAAAUGUCAAAGCGGAUCAAGAUCAACUCGCAGCUUAUAAGCUUGGUGUAGCAAAGGUCAAGAUGCCGAAAGCGACUUGA